GAGGCUGCCGAAAACUUCAAACAACAUGUGAUAAAUGCCCAAAAAGAAAGAGAACUUUAUAAUGACUGUGUAAAGCGUGCCAAGGAAACAUGCAUAUUAAGUUCUGAUAAAAGAACAAACCACUAUACUUUUGAUUUUAGUCAAAAUGUAUCCAUUCCUCACUUCUCGCGGCAAAUGGGGCCAAUUUAUUUCAUGUCCCUUCGCAAAGUACAUAUUUUUGGUGUACGGAUAGAUGGACUGCCUAAACAGCUCAAUUUUUUGAUUGAUGAAAGUGAAACUAUGGGCAUAGAUGGUACCCAAACACACGGACCCAAUGCUGUCAUCUCGAUGCUGGAUAUGGUGCUAGACACCCACGGGCGUGGUGAAUCGACAUGCUUCAUCCAUGCGGAUAAUUGUCCAGGUCAGAACAAGAACCGCUACCUCAUUGGCUAUUUCACAUGGCGUGUGAUGACCGGCAGACAUGACGUGAUAGAAUACCACAUGCAAAUACCAGGACAUGCCAGGUGUCUGGUUGACAGUGGAUUUGGGCAUUUAAAGAAACUUUACAGGAGGUCGAACAUUGAGACAAUGGACUCAUUGACCCAGAUGGUGAAUAUGUCCUCAGCAUCCAAUGAAGCAGUGAGGUAUCCGGCAUGGAACUGGCGGGAUUGGAAAGGGUUUUUGUCCCGACUGUUUUGUCCUGUACCAGCGAUAAGACAAUAUCAGUACUUCCGCAUGACGACGGAAGAGCCAGGUGUGGUCACAAUGCGCACGAGAGUCGGAUGUCCAGAGGUCAAGGUUACAGUGACUAUGGAUGGCGUCCAUAUUCCAUACCAACAACCGCAGAUUGUAGAUGCCAAAGGACUCAGCCGAAACAGACAGGAGUACUUGUACAAAGUUGUCAGGCCAUAUCUCAGCGAUGCUAACAAGGAUGCUACUUGCCCUUGCCCAGAAACAUCACUAUAGUUAUGUCGUCGCAUCUAUCGCAUCUACGGCGAAAUAUUACACACAUUAUAAUGUCAAUAUUUACAGGCGAAUGACAAAUAACUUGAAACUUAUUCUUCAGUACUUUUUGAAUAUCCUUCAAUGUCUGUUUAAAUACAUUGGUUUAUUUAUAA